UUUUUGUUCUCUCUCUCUGCGGAUUUCCGAACAAGAAAAACAAAAAAAAAAAAAGACGAAGCAGAUACUAGGUAGAGUUGGGAGCAAAAUCACAACUGCGAAAUGGCGUUUCCUAGUUUAAUUCGAAGCCGUGCUUUCUGCAGGAAGUUCUUCUCCUCCAAAAAGCACAGCUCCUCCAUAUUUUGCUCUCUUGCAUCUACAUAUCCGCAUCACCUUGAAAAUGGCAAUUGUACUGAUGAAAAUAUCAAGAGUCUCCCGAGCCAAUCAUUUUCAUCAGCUGCAUAUCACGUCAGUUCGGGUGGGUUCAUGCGGGGAGCUGUAUUUUGGGAACCUAAUAAGCCCCUCACCAUCGAAGAAUUCCAUUUGCCUCGUCCCAAAGCCGGCGAAGUUCUCGUCAAAACCAAAGCCUGCGGCGUGUGCCAUUCAGAUCUCCAUGUGAUAAAAGGAGAGAUUCCAUUUGCCAGUCCUUGUGUUGUGGGGCAUGAGAUCACUGGGGAAGUUGUUGAACACGGACCUCUCACAGAUGGCAAAAUCAUAGAAAGAUUUCCGGUUGGAUCUCGUGUCGUUGGAGCUUUCAUCAUGCCUUGUGGAAACUGUUCAUAUUGUUCAAAGGGCCAUGAUGAUUUAUGUGAAGAUUUCUUUGCUUAUAAUCGAGCGAAAGGAACUCUUUAUGAUGGUGAAACUCGCUUAUUCCUGCACAGCAAUGGAAAACCAGUAUUCAUGUAUAGCAUGGGGGGCCUUGCUGAGUACUGUGUGAUCCCAGCACAUGGAUUGGCCAUUUUACCAAACUCCCUGCCAUACACAGAAUCUGCAGUUUUAGGAUGCGCGGUGUUCACUGCUUAUGGUGCUAUGGCCCAUGCGGCUGAGGUGCAUCCAGGGGAUUCUGUUGCUGUUAUUGGAAUUGGGGGUGUUGGCUCAAGUUGUUUGCAGAUAGCAAAAGCAUUUGGUGCUUCUGAUAUAAUUGCAGUGGAUGUUCAAGAUGAAAAACUUCAGAAGGCUAAGACUUUUGGUGCAACUCACACUGUAAAUGCAAUUCAAGAAGAUGCUGUGGAAAAGAUUAGAGAAAUAACUGGGGGAAGGGGUGUUGAUAUUGCUGUAGAAGCCUUGGGAAGACCACAAACAUUUUUGCAGUGCAUACAAAGUGUAAAAGAUGGCGGAAAAGCUGUUAUGAUUGGACUUGCGCAAUCUGGUGCUGUUGGGGAGGUAGAUAUAAACCGUCUUGUUCGUAGAAAGAUAAAAGUCAUUGGGUCAUAUGGAGGAAGGGCAAGGCAGGAUCUUCCUAAGUUGGUUAAGUUGGCAGAAACAGGUAUAUUCAAUCUUACCAAUGCUGUUACAAGAAAAUACAACUUUGAGGAGGCAGGCAAAGCAUACCAGGAUCUGAACCAGGGAAGCAUCAUCAGUAGAGCUGUUGUUGAAAUAAUGUAGCCCUUCCUUACUCCGAGCAGCUGUCAUAUUCUGGCCACAUUUGAAAUAAAAGGUACAUAUCUGACUCAAUCUGGAGUCUGUAAGGUAAAACAACAAUCCUACUUGAGUUAUUGUGUUAAUACUUUGCAGUAAAUGUGAUGCUACGAUACUUGGUUGUGCGGCAAGCCAAAUUUGCCAACAUUAAACACUAUACUGGUCUACGCUUGUGAUAUUGAUCAGGGUUUGAUCUGGGCUACCCUGCAACCAUCUACGACUUUCUCUGUAAAUUUUGUUCUCACUAGACCUGUGCAUUAUGUUCUAAUGUUGAAUGGCAGUUAUUGCUUGGCAGUUCCUUUGUCAUGAUCUAGAUUUCAUCUUACAAUAUGCAGUUGCAGAAUAAAGGCUAUUGAUUUUGUGAUUUGCUAAUGA